AUGAACUAUCUCAAGUCCAUUACCUCCUCCGUCCUCCAGUCUACGGGGGUAACCUUCCCGUUUAGCAUUGGGGAGCGUAUUGCGGGUGUAGACUCAUACUCGUCGAUAUGGGACGUCCGUGAAGGCGUCAAGAGGGACGAUGGCACGCCCCUCACCCUCUUUGUAUUCGACUCUACCCUUCCCCCUCUUAAUGGCAAAGACCGCAAGACACUAUUCCACCUGGCAAAGAACGCCCUCAAAAAGCUCAGGACUAUCCGGCAUCCCGACAUUAUAAAGUACAUCGACUCUAUAGAAACAGAAACCCACGUCUAUAUCGCCACAGAGCGGGUGAGACCUUUGGCCGCUGUUUUGAGAGACUGGGAUACCGGGGGAGCACUGGCGACGGGCUCGGGAGCGUCGAGAGCCAAGGGCAAGGAGGAGUGGAUUGGAUGGGGUGUCAAGUCAAUAUCAACUGCUGUCGCCUUCCUGAAUACUGCACCUCUGUCUCUGCAUCAUUCAUACAUCCUGCCCUCCUCCAUCUUUGUCACGCCUGCUCUCGAGUGGAGACUCUCCGGAUUCGAGCUUCUGACGAACAAGGAUGAUGGAAAUGGCGUCUUGUGGAGCUAUGGAGGAUUCGCACCUGGAGAUCUAGGUGAAAGAGCACCUCCUGAAGUGAAGAAAGGCGGAUGGGGUGCUCUGAGAGAUACCGACCCUGCCCAGCACGACAUCUAUUACCUGGCUACUCUCCUCUUCUCUCUCUACAACCCAAACUCCCCUCUCCCACCUCUCUCCUCCCAGCCCACGCCAACCUCAUCUGGAAAUAUCCCACGCUCACUGUUCCCUCUGUGGAAGCGCAUGCUGAACCCAAAUGCCCGGACGCGACUGUCCACAGCAGGCUUCGUAGAAGAACUCGAAGGAGCUGGGUUCUUGGAGAGCAACUCGCUCGUCAGCGUGAUGAAGGGUCUCGACAACUUUGAGCUCUUGUCAGAGUCGGAGAAACUCUCUCUUCUGCGGGUUAUCAAAGACUCGAGCUCCUCCCUCCCAAUACCCUUCCAGACGUAUCGUGUCCUCCCAUCCCUCUUGCAUUCUCUUUCACUCCCCUCUGCACCUUCAUCAGCCAUGCUUCCCCUUGUGCUCUCACUGGGGAAAGGUGUGCCGGGUCAGGAGUAUGGUAAAAUGGUCCUGGAGCCUGUCGUCAGGCUGUAUCAAUCACCGGAUAGAGGGACAAGGAUGGCGCUGUUGGAGGGGCUGGACAAAUAUAUCGAGAAGCUGGAUAAACCUACCGUGACUGAAAAGAUCUGGCCACAUUUGAUCACUGGGUUUGCCGAUACCGUCCCCGUUCUGCGAGAAGCCACUGUCAAAGCCAUCUAUCCUCUCUCAUCCAAACUAUCUGACCGUGUCCUCAAUAACGACCUCCUCCGUCUCCUCGCCAAAACCCAAGCCGACCCCGAACCAUCCAUCCGUACCAACACUUGUAUCCUGCUCGGCCGUCUUGCUCCUUCUCUAGGCUACAAUACCAAGAAGAAGGUGCUCGUACCCGCCUUUUCGAGGAGUCUGAGAGAUACGUUUGUCCAUGCGAGGGUUGCGGGUUUGAUGGCGUUUAUGGCGAGUGUGGAUAUCUGGGAGAAGGAAGAUUUGGCAGGGAGGGUGUUGCCGGGUGUUUGUUUCUGCUUGGUAGACAAAGAAAAGCUGGUCAGAGAUCAGGCGUUCAAAGCGGUCGACAUGUUCAUGGCCAAAAUUACCUCCAUCGCCGAAUCCAUGCCCAAAUCGUCCAACCCAGACGGCCACGCCGCCUAUCCGCCGGUCACCUCUCUCUCCUCCAACUCUACACUCCCAACCUCGUCUGCCAAUACGGUAUCAACAGCAUCAUCCGCCGCUGGCGCGCUCGCAGGGUGGGCAUUGACGGGUUUGAGUAAGGGGUUGAGUAAAGGCGAAGAGCAUGCGGAGAUCCAAUCGGGUGGUGGUGGGGGUAUGCCGGGAGGGUUUGGGCUGGGUGCACCGCAAGGCUCGGGGUCUGGAGGGUUCGGGUCGACUGGGACUUCUCAAGCACCUAGCGCGGUCGCGUCGCAAACGGCAUCGCCGAGAGGAAGCGACGAGAUUUUCCGACCUCCCCAGUCUACAAUUUCGAUUGGCGGUAUGAAGAUGAAGCCGAAGGCCAAGCCCACAAAGCCUUCUGCCUCUUCGUCGAAACCUGGUUUGAAACUCGGCGGUGUCACUAAAAAGCCUCAGGCCAAACAAAAGAGCUUGGCAGACCAGUUGGCGGAAGAGUACGAGGAUGAUGAUGAUGAUGGGAUGAAUGCCUGGGGUAAUGACGACUUGAUGGACGUCAAUGCGGAUCAAGAUGAUUGGUCGGCGUUUGAGAGCGCUCCGGUACCGGAAGUUGUCGUUCCACCACCGCAAGAUUACUACGUCAAACCCACACCCAAGGCCAAGCCUGCUCCCAAAUCCACCCCUGCUCCUGCGGCAAAGCCGGAGCCGAUCCCCGUCCCAUCCCCUGUUCCACCUCCAGCCCCCCUCCUCGCUCCCGCUGUCAGCGCCUCCCCUACACCUCCCUCACCGCCCACGACACUCGCUCCCAAACCCAUCAAACCCACCCCGUCCCCCAUCGCCGCCCAGACGCCCAUACUCACUUCUUCACCCGCCUUGUCGCAGGUCUCUGCUAUGGCGAAAUCACCUGCGCCCAGUUUCUCGUCAGAAUUGAGUGCUGGAACUGCCACCGGUGGAGGGGGACUGGCCGGGAUGAGUAAGGAGGAGAAGGAAAAGGAGAUGGCGAGGAGGAGGGAAGAGAGGAAGGCCAAGAUUGCGGCCAUGAAGAAGGCUAAGGCGUGA